GUUCAAUUAAACAAUAGCCCAAACGGUGACAGACAGAACAAGUUGUAAUUUAGGCCCAUUUUGAUACCAAUUAGAAAGUUUUGCCUCUUUUAUUCAACAAGGGAAUUACUUUUUAAGUUACAAAGACUUUUCCAGACUAACCUAUUGGUAAUCAACCAAUAUACACGUUGAUAAGUAAGAAUGAACUUUUUUUACAAAAUUAGGUUAUGGAGCGUGUGGAUGACGGAUUUCGUUUGCCUUCUCCUAUGGUUUGUAUUUUACUUUCUCUUUUUUGCGUGCUAGUCUAUAUAUUACCGAGCUUAAGAUCUACAACGCGAACUUACGACGUGGACGUCGCAUUAAACAAGUUUUAUUUUAAAACGAUGGCAAAUACCAUUAAAAUAUUUUUAUCACAGUAAAUAAAAUGAAAUUAUACUGGAAAAAUGUACAACAUAACAGAGGCUAGCAAUAUAUUAAGAAGAUAUUUUUAUCAUAAGUUUUUACGACUUCUAUGACGACGAAUCUUUGCAAAUAUCACGUCGUCUCGGAUGGUAGUUUUGGCGGGAAAAUGUGCAUUCGUAACAAUAGUCCAUAAAGCCUGGUUUCUAUCAUUUCGUAUGGCUGUUAACGUGUCAUAACAGUGUCACAAAUCUCGCAGAAAUAAACUGUGACAACUCUGACUAGGCUUACACUCGAAAACUAGACUUAGGUAAGCACGUCCGCGUCACAAAUUCGCGUUGUAGAUCUUAAGCUCCCUAUUAUGUUUUAAUAAACAAAUGCGUUCGAAACAUAAGGUUAAUCUAGUUAUUCUAGUAUUUAUUAUUCUCAUGGAUAUUGAUGUAUCUUAAUUAUGAUCUCGUUACCCAUGGAUAUUUGUUGUGUUUUAGAACUGUCCUCAAGCUGUUCAUGAAUUGAUGUUGAAAUGUUGGGACAAGGACCGGCGUCUUCGCCCUAGUUUUCAAGAUAUUCUUGUUACAAUUGGUCAAUGGAUUGAAUCACCUGAAGUUCUUCAUCAACCGAUGCCUAGCAGAAGGUUUGUUUUAUCUUAGUGUUCUAUGCUUCUACACUCCUGCCAUUUGUUUUGGUCAAACGAUAGUUCUAGUGAAACCCUCUUCAAAUACAGUAAAACUACACUAACUUUAUUCUUUAAAACAUUAAUUUUAACACUGUAGAUGUACAGUAAAGGCGUUACCCUAUCAUUCCAGUUUUUAUUACCAGAGGAAACAAGACCACCCAAAUAAAGAGUUGUAUUGUCUAAAUCAAGCGCACAACUCACCUACGAUAACAUAGGCCACAAGAAGCGCAACAUGAUUUAACGUAAAAACAGUCUCAACCAGUUAUGGCCAAGAUUGUAGUUCAGAAAUAUAAACCACAUAUUUUUUGUUUCAGUAAUCAAGUACCUGACACUAGAUCAACAACUUCAGUCAAGGAAUGGUUGAACGAAAUAAAGAUGAGCUCAUAUAUGCCUCAUUUUGCUGCAGCAGGUUACGAGCAACUCACUGAUCUCGCUGGAUUACUGGACAAUGAUUUAAAGGAUUUAGGAAUAAGCCUUGUUGGACAUCGGAAUAAGAUGCUGCGAACAAUUCGAUCACUGCCAAUCACACAAGAAAAUAACGUCUAGUGAUUCUUUGAUAAGUACAAUACGAAAUUUAGAGCAAACAGUUUUUUUCUUUUGUUUAUAAAAGUUGUAAAACGCAAGAAAGAAUUAAACAUUUUGAUUUUCAAAGGAAUAAAUAUGAUACCUGCAAAUAUCUAUUCAUAGUAAAAGCCAAAAAAGGAAUGGUUAACAUAAAUCGACUCAAGUGAACUCGACAAGGGCUCUAUAUACCAAUUGAGCCAUCGGUUUCCAGUGAAGUAAGCUAAACAAUAGUUUGAACUACCCACAGACGUAGAUUAAAUAAGGAAGACAUUGACAUAGAUUAAGUAAGGGGCUAUGGUUGUAUCCAGAACGAAACAGUUGCUUGGAAUAAAUACAUUGAAUGCAGAGCACAUAAGAGGAUUUCAUUAGAAGGAUCAAGAAGACCACUAUCCUCCUCCAAAGCAUAAAACAAAUGGUAAUAAGUGUAUGUAGCAGAACAGCAUACAGAAUUAGCAGAAUAGCAUACGGAUUAGCAGAACAGCACACGUAAUUCGCAGAACAGCACACGUAAUUCGCAGAACAGCACACGUAAUUCGCAGAACAGCACACGUAAUUCGCAGAACAGCACACGUAAUUCGCAGAAUAGUAUGGAGAGUAUAGCGAAAUACAAUACGUAAAUAGCAGAACGGAGUCGGCAAAAUACUUAUAUACACUGUAAAUUAAUGUUGAGUUGUUUUGAACCAAAUUUUACUCUUCAAAAUUUGCUAUAAAUAAAUAAUAAAUAAAAUAUUGUAAUUACACCAUCCAUAUGGC